AAUCGCUACCACCUCUCGGACAUAUUCGUCAACUUCUUUACACAUAUGCUCGCGCCGACAGCGUGCGUGUCCUGCACGUGUACCACACCGUGUUGGGCACCGGACGCCCCGAGUGCAGAACAGCAGUGUGCGGCUAGCGUCGAUGAUGAAUGCGCGAUUGUGGAAGACGAGAGCGGAUUGGAUGGCGGACCGUUGUGUCGGGAGGCUACGAUUGCAUCAUGG